CGCAUACGGACGAGAUUAUCGUCGGUUUAUGUGAUUAUGUUAGUGAAUUCGCGAUUUGAGUAUGGCUGAAUACCUCAUGUGGGAUCUUUUACACCUUGAGAAUCGCGUGAGAAUGCUACAACGUCGAAUAGAAAGAAGAGUCUGGCGUGAUACUAAUGAUUCAUUCGAGUUACACGAUAACGUUUUCAUUAAUUUAUUUCGCUUGCCACCUGACACUGUGUUGGAAUUAGCAGAGAUCUUAAGACCAAGGUAUUAACAGCUUUAAGAUUUUAUGCUGUUGGCUGCUACCAAGGUGCCAUUGGGGAACAAUGGAAUCUGGCUGUCAGUCAAUCGACUGUAAGCCGUUGUGUAGCAGCCGUGACAAAUGGAAUAAACGACCUAUUACUAUGACCAUGGGUAAAAUUUCCUAUUACAGCGGAGGAUCGACAAGCUGCAAGAGAAAAGUUCCGCACAGCACAACAUCCGUUUAUAGGUGCUAUCGGUGCAAUAGAUUGCACUUAGGUAUCGAUUCUGGCACCGCAACUUCACGAAGAAACCUACGUCAAUCACUGGGGUGAUCACUGUCUCAAUGUUCAAGCGAUUUGUGACCCUGAUUUAAAAAUUCUAAACAUUAAUGCUCGAUAUCCUGGGGCACGACAUGAUACAUAUAUUUGGGCAAAUUGUGCUGCUCGUCGUGUCAUGGAACGAUGGUAUAUGCAAGGAGAACGCAAGGCUUAUCGGUGAUGAUGGGUAUGGACUGGAGCCGUGGUUAAUGACUCCAUUGAAAUACGAGCAGCCAGGAACUCCAUGUUUUAAUUAUAAUGAAGAAUUAUGCAGUACCCGCUCUUGUAUAGAACGCCUGUUUGGAGUUUUGAAGAGCGAAUUUAGAUGCCUUUCAGCGCAAAGGCAACUAAUGUACGAACCAGGAUUAGCUGGAAGAAUUGUUAACGCUUGUGCGGUUUUGCACAAUAUGCGUAUCCACCAUCGAAUAUAUGAUAUAGACGUCGACCCAGCAGAGGUGGAAGCCCAUCGUGUAGCUAAUAUGCCUAAUCCUGCAGUAGAAAUAUCAGAAGCCCUCGUCCCUAUUGGCAAAAAAUUGAGACAGUCGAUUUUCACAAGCCUCUCUUGAAGCGAAUUUUUCACCAGCAAAAUUGUUCGCCAUGGACAGGAACAGAUGGUAAUCACUUGGUGCCAAGUUCGAACUAUAAGGUGAAUGCAUAAGAACCUCCCAACCAAGCUCCCGGAGCUUCUGGCGAGUCACUA